AUGAGAAUAUGCAUUGACUACCAUGAGCUAAACCGGUUAACUAUUAAAAAUAAAUAUUCCCUGCCACGGAUUGAAGACCUCUUUGAUCAAUUAAAUGGUGCAGCAAAUGGAAAGAUGAUCGCUUGUGCUUCAAGACAGUUAAAACAACAUGAGCAAAACUAUUCCACACAUGAUUUGGAAUUGGCUAUGGUAGUACAUGCUCUAAAGAUAUGUAAGGCAAAUGUAGUCACUGAUGCCCUUAGUAGAAAGACAGUUACUGCAAAGAUUACGACAUUGAAGAUCCAACCUACACUUAGAGAUUGCAUCAAAGAUGUCCAAGACAAUGACCCAUUCUUAAGAAAGACUAAGGCAGAAGUUGUUACAAGUAAACGAAAGGGUUUUGCUAUAGCAGAUGGUAAUGAUUUGACAUUUGAGGAAAGAUUAUGUACUGAAGGAUGA